AUGCAGCACCAGUCACACGAGCAGACCGACGAAGACGACCAAACGAUAUACGGUCCACCCGCACACAUCGCCGCUCGCUUUUACCGCAAUCAGCUCAAUCGUCGCAAAUCGUCCGCCGCCUCAUCGAGGCGCAACUCGCUAUCCUCCGCUCACUCUCACACUUCCAGCCGAUCGCAGCGUCGCAGUUCCGCAGGAUGUCAAAGCACAUAUGUCGCUCAGCACCUUCGCCGAGCUUCAAUCAUUGAGUCCCGCAAGGCUCGUCUGGCGGAUCGAGCGGCGCAUGCAGAGCAGGUGCGAUUGCGUGCCGCGCUGGUGAAAGCGACACCUCGAGGCAGCACUUCAAAUACUGAGGAGCGCGCGCUCGCUGCUCAGGUCGCGAAAGAGAAGUAUCUUGCGAAAGUCGCGGCGACAUGUGCGGAGGAAGUGGCGCGGGCGAAGAGGAUCGCGGAGGAAGUGAAGGAGCGCAAGCAGGCGGAGGAGGCGCGAGUUCGUCUGGAGAUGGAAGAGCGGCAUGCGGAGGCUGAGAAGAGACGGGCGGAAUAUCAGCGCAACCUACAGGCGAGGAGAGCACGAAGGGCGGAUAGUGCGGAGAAGAAGCUGGCUAUUUUGGAAGAGGAUCCCGCGUUUGCGCAAGACGCUGCUGCUAGGCGCGUGCAGAAGGCUUGGAGGCUGUAUCAGCGUAAGCUGCCAGUACUGGCGUUCAGGAAGUUGGAUAUAACGGCACAGCGAGCCUUGACCACGAGCUUUGAAGACCUGACGGCACUUGUGGCAGAUGCUGAAGUGAUCUCGAACACUACGGCUGUCCUUACACACAUCGGAUUACAAGAUACCCACGACAGCAAUGCUGCACUCAACACAAGGACAUUUCUUAGCGCCUACCUCAUUGUGGGCCACCCAGUUGCGGUACUCAUGAACAAGAAUGGCGCACAGGAGCAGGACCUCAUCAGCAAGGCAUCGGAGCUCGUCAGCCUCUUCGAGUCCUCCAUCUCACGUCUGGACAACUGGAACAAUUUCACACCCAAUCCGAUGCAGCUCGAGACUCUUUCGCAGUCUUACACUGCUUAUACCUCAGCUUUCGCAGCAUGGCGACUUCAAGACUCGAGCGUAUUGAUCGAAGGUAUGGUCGCAUCCUUCGUCGAACUUGAUGCGAUCUGGCAGACGGUGAAAGAUGACGAUCGUGGUGAGGUGGCCGGCGAGUACAAGCAGGGCAUCCGUGACAACCAGGUCAUGCUUUUGAGCAGAAUCAGGAAGCUGGCCGGACCAGAUCGUGCCGACUUCCUCAUCAAGAAGGCGAUUCGUGAAAGUCGGCGUAGACGCCCUAAGAGGCGUCCCGCGGCGGAGAUUCGGCCGAGAGGUGUUGAAGUCAUCGCGCCGGAAGCUGGUCCGUCUGUCGAGGCGGCUGUCGAGGAGGCGGGCCUUCCGAUGACACCCAUUGGCUCGGGCGAGAUCACCAAACUGUUCACUGCUAUGCCGAGCAACCGCAUCUUGACCCACGAGCUCGCGAUCAAUAAGGAUUACAAGUUGGAAGAUCGCAAUAGUGAGGUUCGCGACCACUUGUAUCGCAGCAUUUGCGAGAGCAUGAAGGCGGGUUUCGAAGCUGGGAACGGAGCACUCUGGACAGUUUCCACUGCCGAGAAUGUUCGCGAUAAGCUGCUACGCAUGCUCAAGCCCGGCAACAGCAUGUACAAGAUGAUCUCGGAAGCGCUGGAUCUGGACAACAUUCACCGGCAGUGCCAGCAAGGUGUCUUUUCGUAUAACGGGUUCUUUAACUUCAUGGCAAAUGUCUUGCCCAAGCUCUGCGCGCCCUUCAGGGAUCAAGAAGUCAAGACGUGGACAGAGGAGCUCCGCAAUGAUGAGAGUGGAGAUGAACUAGGCGCCAUGAUCGAGAAGUUGUUUAAGCUCCUCCGCAUGGUCGACGUGCUCAGUCUAGACUACAGCAACUUCAUGAUCAUGAACGCCGCACCCACUCUUAUUCAAGAAUCCGCCGGCUACGAACAACGCAUGUUCGCUCGCGACCUCGAAGCGGGCGUCAUUUCCCUCGACCAAACUCAGCGCUGGUGGCAUCAAGCCCGGUCAGCUCUCACCUCUGAAGCCGACCGCCGCGACCCCGAGGGCGUCCGGCACCCCUCCGAUCGCCCUUCUCCUAACAAAAUCUACACGCACGCCCUCAUCGAAACAGCCAUCAGCCAAAGCGAGCUCGAUGCCAUCCCGUUCCCGGAGACUCUCACACUCGACGUCGACCGUCUGCGGAAAGUCCGCAUCAAUGCCAUCCGCAUCGCCGUUGUGGGCGCAAUCCUUCUCACGACCAAGAAUCUCCUCAAACGAGAUGUCCGCAGCCAGUGGAAGAGCGAAGCUGCUCGCUUGUGGGCACUCCUCGCGACCGAACCCUUCAACACGACCGAAGAACCCACCACCGCGCAGAAAGCCUUCUCCAUCCUCGAGACGGCUCAUAACAUGCCUGCUCCGACCAAGUCCGCCGUGCUAAACACCAUUACUCGAUUCUUCUCUCAGGCUGCCGAGGCCACGUCCUCCACCAAUUCGGGUAGCAGCGUCCGCUUCACCGAUCCGGUGCUGAAAGUCCUCUUCCAACGGCUCAAGUCCCACGUCUCAGCAAGACUAGACGCGCAGACGUCCGCGGAGAAAGUCCGAGCGGCGAGUUCGGCAAGUGAGAAGUUGGCGGCCAGUGGAAUGGCGGAAUUUACGGAGAAGGUGGCGGGGAUCGUGGAGAUUCUGGAGAGGGUGAGGGAUGUGGAUUGGAGGUCGCAUGGGGGGUGGUAUGAGGGGAUCGCUGCUGCGGUGGAGUAA